AUGAUGACGUCCGUGCGGCAGUGGUGGCGCCGCGCCGCCGCGGCGCUCAAGGACAGGAGGAGCCUGCUCCUGGUGCGCCUGCGUCCGCGCCGGCCCGGGCCGUGGGCGUGGCACCACCGGGAGCUGGAGGCGGCCGUGAUCCGGGCCACCAGCCACGAGGACCGGUGGAUGGACUACGGGAGCGCCGCGCGGGUGUUCGCGUGGGCGCGCACGUCGCCCUCGUCCCUGCGGCCCGCCAUGUGGGCGCUGGCGCGCCGCGCGCGGCGGACGCGGUGCUGGGUCGUGGCGCUCAAGGCGCUCAUGGUCGCGCACGGCCUGCUCCUCCGCUCCGGCCUCGCGCCGCCCGCGGCCCGCAACGGGCGCGUCCCCUUCGAGCUCGCCGACUUCCGUGACCGCUCCUCGUCCUCGUCGUCGGCCAGGUCCCAGGCCUUCUCCGCCUUCGUGCGCGCGUACUUCCGCUUCCUGGACUACCGCUCCCUCUUCGCGGCGCAGGAAGACACCGACGACGGCGUCGACGCUGAGUGCUCCGGCUACCAAAUGACCCUGCUCGACCGGAUAGCAAAGCGGCAGUUCCUGCUGGAGCUGCUCCUGCAAAUCCGCCCGUACGCGGACGGCAUGGAGGUGCCGCUCAUCCUCGAGGCCAUGGACUGCGCCCUCGUCGAGAUCUUCCAGGUGUUCGGCGAGAUAUCCACCGGCAUCGCGCGGUUCCUCGUCAGCGGCGUUACCGGGCCGGCGAAGCCGCCGUUGCGCAAGGCUGCCACCGCGGCGGGGGUGAAGAUGCUCUGGCGGGCGGCGGAGCAGAGCGCGCAGCUCUCGUCCUACUUCGAGCUGUGCCGCGGGCUCGGCGUGGUCAACGCCCGCAAGCUCCCGGCGGCGUUCGUGGGCUUGAAGGACGACGACGUCCGGCACCUCGAGGGGAUCCUCAUGGGCGACGCCCAGGACGAUGGCAGUGACGAGGCCGAGGUGGAGGGUACGGCGCCGGCUGACGUGACGAAGGACGCCGCGGGGUCAGCGUCGACGAUCACCACGGUGGUGACGACGGAAUGGGUGGCGUUCGAAGAGGAGAAAUCAAGCACUGGCGCCGUCACCUGCGGCGGGGGAAGUACGGGGCACGUCGGUAAUCACUGGAACCCCAUCGUCGCCGCGCCGUUGGACCUCCGGGAAAGCGGGAACUUGAUCGAGCUUUUCUGA